UCCCGGGCCUCAGCCCCUAGCGCAGCCAGGCGCGGCUGGGCCGCGGCUCCUUCAGUCCCGCGCAGUCGGGAGCCGCCAGCUGCCGCUGCCCCGCCUGGGAGCCGAGAGUGCUGUUUUGCACAAGCUACAAGGGACGAUGGCACUUUCUCUUCAUUAGCUCAGUUGUUUCAUCAGACAUAAUGUUGCUGAACAGCAUAUUGCUGUUCCACUGCUGCUAAGACUCGGAGGACAACAGUCUCCCAGGAGUGAACAAAACACCAUGGCAUCAAACUACCCUCCUCCAUUUGAUGACCCUGUGGAAGUGAGAGAGGGUUUUCUGUGUCCACUGUGCCUGAAGGAUCUGCAGUCUUUCUAUCAGCUUCAGUCUCACUAUGAAGAAGAACAUUCAAGUGAGGACAGAGAUGUCAAAGGACAACUCAGAAAUCUAGUCCAAAAGGCCAAAAAAGCAAAGAAGAAGCUAUUGAAACGAGAAGGAGAUGACCGAACUGAUACUGGGGCUCAGGAGCGAUACGAGUCCUUCAGCUAUGGUGGAGUAGAUCCGUACAUGUGGGAGCCCCAAGAACUGGGUGCCAUGAGGAGCCAUCUUUCUGAUUUCAAGAAACACCGAGCAGCUAGGAUUGAUCAUUAUGUUGUUGAAGUCAAUAAAUUAAUAAUCAGGUUAGAGAAGCUUACGUCAUUUGACAGAACAAAUACAGAGUCAGCUAAAAUAAGAGCUAUAGAGAAGUCUGUUGUGCCUUGGGUCAAUGAUCAGGAUGUACCAUUCUGCCCAGACUGUGGCAACAAGUUCAGCAUUCGGAACAGACGUCACCACUGCCGCCUUUGUGGGUCUAUCAUGUGCAAGAAGUGUAUGGAGCUUGUCAGCCUUCCGUUGGCGAGCAAACUCACCAGUGCCAGCAAAGAGGCCCUAACCUCUCAUACCAGUCCAAGCUCCUCACCUAAUAGUAUCCAUGGCUCCCGUCGUGGCAGCAUUAGCAGUGUAAGCAGCGUGAGCUCAGUUCUGGAUGAGAAGGACGAUGACAGAAUCCGCUGCUGUAGGCACUGUAAAGACACCCUUCUCAAAAGAGAGCAACAGAUUGAUGAGAGUGAAUACACACCGGAUAUUGUGAAACUCUAUGAGAAACUCCGACUUUGCAUGGAGAAGGUUGACCAGAAGGCUCCGGAAUACAUAAAGAUGGCAGAAUCAUUAAAUGCUGGGGAGACAACCUACAAUCUUGAACAUGCUAAUGACCUGAGGGUGGAGGUACAGAAAGUGUAUGAGUUAAUAGAUGCUUUAAGUAAGAAGAUUUUGACUCUAGGCUUGAAUGAAGAGCCUCAACCUCAUCCCAAAACUCUACAACUUCAGAGAAUGAUUAGAUACUCAGCUACCCUUUUUGUACAGGAAAAAUUGUUGGGUCUGAUGUCCCUGCCAACCAAAGACAAGUAUGAAGAACUGAAAGAGAAAAGAAAACAAGAGAUUGAUAGAAAACUGCACAUGGAAAGACAGGCAACACUUGAAACGCAAAGAAGACAGGAGGAAAAGCAGAAAGAUUUGGUUUCCCGAUCCACGGCUGCACCCAAUGGUGAGGUUCCUUAUCCAAAAAGAGUCUCAGUAAAGAAAGCUGAAGGUUGGCUACCUACAUCCAGCUUACCUCGCCAAAGGGAAAUAGCUGACCCACUUCUUCAGCAGAUUGACAAUAUUACAUCCUUUAUUAAGCAAGCAAAGGCAGCUAAUCGGUUAGACGAGGUCCGUAUGUUGCAAGAGAACCUGCGACAGCUUCAAGAUGAAUAUGAUCAGCAGCAGACUCUGAAAGCUAUUGAGCUUUCUAAAAGGCAGGCAGAGGAGGAAGAGAUGCAGAGGGAGCAGCUUCAGGUCCUUCGUGAGAAGGAGUGGGAAAGGGAGCAACACAAAGCAGUGUCUCAACACUCAAGGACACGUUCUCUAGACUUCAGAGAAGUGAAGCAGCACCAGCAUGAAUCUGGAAAAGAAAACCUAAACCAGAUAGCGCAGUCUUUGGAUUUAGAUACCACUCAGAUCAAAAGCAGUCCAAGUUCUAAAACACCAUCUCCAGAUGCUGUCCAGAAACAGGUAACUAAAGAGAAUUCAGUCUUCCCAAUCAAACCCAGAGAAGCCCCACAGUACAUCAGGGAGACAGACCCAAAUCAGACAGUGUUGCUAAACCCUUUUGAAGAUGAGGCAGAUACUAGUCCAGUAGAAGACGUCCCUACUAAUACAUUGGCUGGAGACAGUUCUCAGGUGGAUUCUUUGCCCGCCAAAGCCCGGCACAGUGAUAAAAAAGAAUAUAAUCCAUUUGAAGAUGAUGAGGAAGAUCAGCAAACAAAUGGGGCAACUGUUUGUGCUCCAAAUCCCUUUGAAGAUAAUGGAAAUUCAUUUCAAAAGUCUGUGAAUGAUGAGAAUUCUGGUAAACAAUCUGAAGGGUUGUCUUCUACCAAUCCGUUUGAAGUUGAUGAUAAUGAAACCUCAGGAGAGGACGUUAUAGAAGAAGAACUCCUCCUCCAACAGAUUGAUAAUAUCAAGGCUUAUAUUUUUGAUGCCAAACAUAGCGGACGGAUGGAUGAGGUGGAGGUACUGACAGAGAACUUAAAGGAACUUAAGCGCACAUUAGCAAAGCAGAAAGAGAAAUCCAAGUGCUGAAGCAAUAUGUCCACGUAAAAAUUACUUUAUAGUCCACUGUUAAUGCAUU